UCUACAUUGGUAAUUAUAAGAUAAUAUACGAUGUAUGGUGUUCACCGCCAUUCUGCUACUACGUCCAAUAGAGGAGCGAUGUAUCGCGACGACGUAAUUGAGCUGCAACAUAUACCCCCACCGCUGCUGAUGGCUGGCGGUGAUGCCACUAUGCACAGUGAGAAGGAGCUUUCGCCCGACAGCCGUUAUGCACUGCGAUCAAGAUACAUGCGUUUAUGCAAAGACUUCAAUAAGUACCAGCAGCAUUGCCAAGGAUCAUCAGACCAAGACAUCGGCGACUUCCACGAGAUAGACGGAGAACAAUACCAGUCUAGUUACUUGGGAAGCGAGGGUUCUCUGUACGCGGACGGUUUUGAUGAACAGGCGGGGACAACGGUCACUUUUCCUGGCGAAGGGCAAGCAGACAUUGAUUUGCUCGACGCCAUUUUGCAAGAAAAUGAAAGAGCGAAUGGUUCUUAUCACGAAAACUGUACAACGUACCCACAUAGCCCGCCGAUGCUCACCCAACCUAGGUGCCAGGUUGCCCAUCAUAACGACAGUAUGGCAGGCGCUUACGUGAUGCGUCAAGGUCUAAACCCAAGCAGCAACAACAACAACAAUAGCAUGUUUAACACAAUAAACAAACAGGGAUACAGCACAACGCGUAACAGUGAAUCCCAAAGCGUCGUGCUAAGCUACAAAGGUUCUAUUGGCGUUCGUUCAUUAUCUUAUGAUAACAAUCAUAGGACAGAAUGCGAAAGUAGCGUUUCGCCCGGGCCUAAUACAAUUAAGACGGAGAAACCAACAUCUAUUCCGAGCUUCCAAGCUUGUGAAAACGAUGAAAAAGUGACAAGUACCCUUCUACCUCCUAUUUCAAUGCUCUCGGGAAAAUCCGGGGCUGGUUCAGUUCAUGAUACUGACGGUUUUUCGGAGCCCACAGUUACCACAAUGGCAAGAGACUCAACAUGUAACACAGAACAGGAAGACGGCAUCUUCAAAGCUGCAUCCACCGACGAAUAUUUCACACAGAGCGAAACCAGCAAUGUAAAAAUGAUCCACACCAAACGCGAAUCCGAAAAAUCGGAAGCAAGCACCUCGUCUUGUAUGUUCGGGCAGCGUGCGCGAGUCCAACUAAGUCGCUCCCACAGCAUGUCUGAGGCAGGGUCCAAUAAUGGAACGAACGGAUUUUUAAGAAGUGGUGCGGCGUCCAGCGUUGGCUUGAAAACGUCCCUUAUAUCAGCAGCAAUGAAAUCCGCGCACACAAACACGCGGAAACGCCGUGCCAACAGCAGCAGUCACUCUACUUCCACGUCAAAAAGCUCCACCGAUAGAGGAAGUGUCCAGCAAGAGCCUAAGAAUGCAAAACGCUUACAGAGCAAUGAACGUGAAAGGCUACGGAUGCACCAACUAAACGACGCCUUUCAAGCCCUACGUGAUAUCUGCCCACACGUGAAAAGCGAACGCAAGCUCUCCAAAAUGGAAACAUUGACGCUAGCACACAACUACAUUGCCUCGCUAAGUAAUAUGAUCCUCACGCUUGAGAAGUCGAUUCAACCUGAGAACAGGCUACACAGCAACGGUCAACCUGGUAAAAUAGCGAUCAUAAAAUCCGAAGCGAACUUAAUGGCUCCGAUUAACGUAAACUGCAUGCCGCCGUUAACUGUACCAAACCAGACGAAUGGCAAUCAGCCGCAUGCUAUGUAGCAGUCGCUGCCAAUACAAACUUGCUAGGCUAUACUGUUUUGCCCUUCAAAUCCCCAACUUGACGGCCUGUAGUAGAUAUAUCUGUGUAAAUACACACGCAUAUAUAUGUUAAUCUACUGUAUAGCUAUAGGUAUAUGAUGUAAAUGUGUAUAGACUUACACUGUACUAUUGUGAGCGCAAGACUUAUUCAGACUUUCAUAUUGUACAAUGUUUAUUGUUGUUAAAGUUGCAAUAAUAGGUUCCUUAUUCGUCCCUAUAUGAUCUUAUUUUAUACUACUCUCGUUGCGGACAUCAUUUGCAUAUUUUUUUACUAAUCUUCUACCCAGUAGUAGAUUAAGUUACAUUUAAUCGAAAAAUGAUACUUUUAAUUCAUACCAAACAAAGCCAAACACUGCCGGUUUGGACUGUGCGCACCACACGAUAAAUUCGCCAAUUUUUAGAGUUUUUUUUUAUGACCGUGCUUGUAUUUCAUUUUGUACAGUACAUAUUUUGCUGUGUGCUCGCCUGUGAGUGCAUAAUUAUUUAUUGUUUCUGUCUUACCUUUCCACAAAUUGUCGCUCAGUAACCCUGUAACACAAGGUGCUGAUCGUUUUCAUUGGCUCACUAUAUUUAAACCAAAUUAUUCUAUUUUUGCGUCAUUCAUACAUUGCCUGCUCUGUUGUUCUCUUUCCCCGUGAUCGCAGUUACGAAGGAAUUUUGAGAUAGCAAGUCAACGCGCUGCGUCAUUUCCAGGGUGCCCGGCGUUUGGUUACAGUGAAAUAACCUAAGCUAGUUAUACCCAGAAGUGAACCGCAAGUUGUUAAACGUUUUAACGUCGUAGAUAUAUAAUACACUACAAGUCACAAAUAAAUGAUAAUAACUGUCAAAAGUUAUACAAUACUUUUCUUUAAAUCCAUUUUAUGCCCUUUACUUUCGUUGCAAUUUUUUUCUGCAUAUUUAAUACGCCCUGCCGAUGGUUCCUACAUUCGUACUGCUGCUUACAUUGUCGCAUACGAUUUUUAUACUUUUUUUGAAAUUGUUUGUGUGACGAUUUGAUUUUAUCCGGACAUUUUAGAGAAAGUCGGAAUACAUUUAUAGAUGAAUUGUA